UCUGGUUCUCGGCGAUAUUAGAAUGGAGGCUAUGUACGUAGGUCAGAGACGGUCGUAUGCUGGGGAUCUGUGUACCGUUCGCUACGUGGGUACUGUUGAAGGCACCUCUGGGGAGUGGCUAGGCGUCGAAUGGGAUGACCCGACUCGAGGGAAGCAUUCGGGAGAGCAUCGUGGGGUGAAAUAUUUCACUUGCAAAAGCAAACACCCUACAGCGGGGUCAUUCGUUCGUCCGUCUCGUCCGGCAGAUAAACCUCGAGGAUUCAUCGAGGCGCUGCGCGAGAAGUACGCAUCUGAGUUCCUCGAGCAAGAAGUUGUCAGGCAAGGACAGCGAAAUGACGCUACGGGCGAUGCUCUGCACAAGCCCAUUGAGAUCAGCGGCAAGGUUGUUGAGGAAGUUGGCUUCGACAAGAUCCGGAAGCAGCUUGCUAGGCUCCAGGAGCUGAAGAUCGUGCUUCUUGAUGGAUUGCAAGUUGCGGGUGUGCUGGGGCAUCAUGCAUCAGCUGAAGAGUCCGAGUCUACAUAUGCUGAGAUUGAGCAGACCUGUCCACAGAUCACGGAACUCGAUCUGAGCCGGAACUUGUUGACGACUUGGAGUGGUGUAGCUCGGAUUUGUGAGCGGUUGAAGUUCCUUAAGGGACUGAAGCUGAUAGGAAACCGACUCGGUUCUCUCGAGGAGGGUUUGAAGUUCGAGGGCAUCACGACACUGCACAUCGACGAGACCCUUCUAUCAUGGGAAGAGAUAUCAGCAUUGACCUAUCAGUUCCCCGUCCUCAACACACUUUCCGCUUCAGCAAACCAACUCUCAAUCCUCACAACCCCCCUUUCCAACACCAUCACCCGCCUUACCCUAGAGAACAACGACAUCACCUCCCUAUCCUCCAUCAAAUCACUCGCCUCGCUCUCAAGACUAGAGCACCUCUCCCUCCGCGGAAACAACAUCUCCACUAUCCACGACCCCAACAACACCUCAGACACAGCUCUCCAAUUCCCGCAAAGCCUCCACUCCCUCGACCUAUCCCGCAACAAGAUCACCACAUGGGACUUCAUUAACUACCUCCCUACUCUAUUCCCAGGCCUAGACACCCUCCGCAUAUCCGGCAAUCCACUAUACGACCAGCCGGUCGGCCCAUCGCACAUCACAGGCGUGCCCGAGAAACCCAUGACAGUCGACGAAGCGUACAUGCUAACCCUAUCCCGCAUCGGCUCUCUACAGAUGCUCAACUACGGCAAAAUCACCCCCAAGGACCGCAAUAACGGAGAACUAUACUAUCUCUCCCUCAUCGGAAAGGAGCUAUCCGCUUCGCCAGAGACAGCAGAAGCAAGCAUCCUUGCUAAGCACCCUAGAUACAAAGAGCUGUGCGAGCUGUAUGGUCAACCUGAUAUCAGAAGGGCCGAGUCAGGGGCUAGUGGUGCUGCUGUGAACCCGCGGUCUGUUGCUGCAAGGCUGGUAAAGUUGGUGUUUUGUCUAUCUCAGACCGAGGAUGUCGGGUCAGAGGGAGUUGUCACUAAGGUUAAAGAGGUUCCUCGGUCGUUCGAUACAUACCAACUCAAGGCUAUUGUUUCUCGACUUUUUGGGCUACGGCCUUAUAGCUUUAGAUUGGUCUGGGAGACCGAUGAGUUGGACCCAGUGAGCAAGGAGAAGAUGGAGGAUGAUGAGGGUUGGGAUAGUGAAGAUGAUGGGGAGGGAGGUGUUGAUGGUGCUAAAGAGCCGGGGUUCGUUAAACGCGAGGUAGAGCUCGUGGAUACUACGAAGGAUAUUGGGUUCUGGUUUCAGUCGGAUAUGGCUGAGGUGAGGAUUCGGGUGGAAGUUGUGGCUUGAUGAUAUGGUAUGGAUAGAGAUGUU